UGUGAAUUUAUCCCAACUGAGCAAGCCGCUGAGUGGCGACAGUGGCAAGGAAAAACUCCCUAAGAUGUUUUAAGAGGAAGAAACCUUGAGAGGAACCCGACUCAGAAGGGAACCCAUCCUCAUCUGGGUAUAGCCACACACUACAUCUCAAACAGGGAGACUGUCUUAUGCUAGACCAGAUAUAAACUCUUUAGUCUUUUGUAAAUUGGUAGGCUCAGAAGCAGAACCAACAGAGCAUGGUGAAGAAAAAGGUGUGAAAAUGGAUGAAGAAAAGUGCCCAACAUACCUGACAUAGAUUUAAACUUUUCUUAAUUAUUGUGCUCAAGGUUAUGAUGGUUGGUAAGGAUCAAGAAGGGGUGUUCUGCACCUUCGAGGCAGUGUUUCCAGUCUUCCAGAGCUACCUCAAUGGCCAGUAGUUUACGGUUCUCCACAUUAUUGUUAUAUUUUGUUGGGUUAAGCUUUCCUGUGUAGAAGGCACAUGGGUGUAACUUUGAUGGGGUUCCCAUUGUGUUGUGAGAGGAUCAGUCCUGUGCUGCUCUUUGAGGCAUCCCCCUCAACUACAAACUGCAUGGAAGCAUUGGUGAGUCAAUCCUUGCAUGUUUGGAAGACCACUCAUGUAACUUAAGUCCCUUUUGCUUCCUCUUGCAGUGAGGUGAACCCUAGGAAUCAUUCUAGUUACCGUACCUCUUGUGGCCAAGAGGUUACUACUACACUCUUUGUCUUGUCCAUUUUCACACCCUAGGAUAAUCUAGGAUACCCUAGGAUAAUCCAUUGAUAAUCUAUCCAAGAAGGCUAUGGUAGGUUUGUGGAACAUUUCUCAAGCUUGACACAGUGCGUUUACAUGGACAACAAUAAUCCAUUAUUAACCUGAUUAAGACAAUACUGUGAUUAAGAAACUACCAUGUAAACAGCAAUUUUUAAUUACCUUAAUCUGAUUAAGGUCAUACUCGAAGUAAGCACUAAUCGAAUUAAGACAUGUGGAGUACUCCUGUUUUAGUCGCAUUAUUAACAUGUAUUACAGACAUGUAAACACCUUAAUCACAUUAUUAACAUCGUGAGAGUUUUCACCGCAUUUUGCGACAGGACACGAUCACACACGGUAGUACUCAACAUUUUACGGCGAACAAGAGAGUACGGCUGCAUCCCAAACCGCAUACUUGCCUACUAUAGGCCUAUAGUGGGGAAAAAUACAUGUAUCUCGGCUACUAUAUAGAUGGUAAGUACGCGGUUAGGGACGCAGCCCACAGCUUCAAGCAGCGUACAGCAUGAUAAAUAAUUAACUGCACUCAAAGCGUAAAAAAAUUAAAACACGCAAAACUGUAUACGGUACCAUAACGAAGACGAACUGUAUGUUGAUACGUGAAAUUCUGGAGGGAGGUCAGACGGCGUGGCGCGGUGACGUAAUGACGUGUGCCAUUAAUCUAAUUAUGUUCUAUAACAUGUAAAACGGGUACAUGAAAGAGUAUUCUAAAAGCGACUCAUGUAAACACCUUAAUCACAUUAUUAUCUUACUCAGAGUAAGGUCAACAAUUAGAUUACUGCUGUCCAUGUAAACGUAGUCAUUUAGCCAGUUCUCUACUAGUUUCUGCUCACAUGUUCAUACUCUACUGAGGAAGAAUAUACAAGAAUGUUUUCUAUAUACACAAUAACAGUUCUUAACUUAUGAAGGCCUUGGAACACUGAGAGGGUAUUGAGACGUCCAUAAGGAAUGCCCUGGUAUUCUUAGUGGCUGGACAAUAAUAUAGGCAGUCUUUCUCUCACCCAUGAAUACUGGUAAGACAGAUUAUAAGAUUUCAUUACACCCUUAGCCUUUAGUUGUUAUGAGAUGUCACUGCAUAUCCUGUAGCAAUCUAGUUUUUUUUUUACCUGCUGUGGAAUACUUUUUUAGUUGCUUAUAUGCUAGAGUAAAAUGAUGUUUUAAGCCACUUCUACACCAUACAGCAUCUCUUUCAUCUUAAUGUGCAUAUUUGUAGUCCUAUGAACAGUGACGAUAGCUACUUUUUGACUUUAGAGAUCAGAUAGAGAUCACUGUCAUAACUGCUUUAUAUGAACAGUCGAGAGAACAUUUUUCUAUUUUUGUUGUUUUAAAAACAGUAAUUCUUUCAAACCCACUGUAAAUAUAUCUUCUGUUUCCCUUCUGUUUUGUAAACAUAGUGUUGGACUGCAUAAUUUUGAAAGUCAUUGCUAUAUUUGUAUGCUGUCAAAAAAAUUAACAGUUAUUUUCCUAUUUAUUUUCCAUGCUACCCUGCCUCAAACAAAAGUCUCUGAAGGCUACAAGGAGCAGACAGCCGCCCAGCAGCUAUGAGCUCUCCUCCAAAAGAAUACACUUCCCCUCCCCCACACUACUUCUGGCCACAUUAGCCAGGAGAAUUGAGGUAACCUCUACACAAAGAAGGGCUAACAGCUAAGCUUGUCAGAAUUCAAGGCUGAAAAUUUACAUUAUCCCCUAGUGCUCUGUGAUUAUUAGCAGAAUCAUGCUAAUGUGCCAACCUUUUUGUGUGCAUCCUAGUCAGAGCUAUCUUCUCUUUAAUCUGUCUUCUUUAACCUUACAGUGUAUUUUAUUAAUGAAAUGAAGAGAUUUACCUAAAUAUCAUGUGAAGUGAAAUUAUUGAGACAGCAAUUCCAGAUGGCCCAGUGUUGGCCCAGAAUGAUGGCAGUGAACCUAUCCAAUUCAAACAGCUGAAUGCUUAAGGAGCCCAUAUCUCAGGGAUGUUGGGCCACCUCUGGCCUAUAAUUGAAAUGCUUCAUAUAUUUGGUUGGUUGAAUUUGGACCAUUAUUGUGGUUGGUCACACAUUGGUUACUUUUUUCAUUAAUGCAAGCUCUGAUCUUAGAUAAUGUUUGAUAGUGAACUGCCCCCUGUACAACAUAAAGAGCACUCAAUACAUUUGAUAAAAUGGUGCAUUUAGGUUGUGAUUUAUUUCAAUGACAGGGCAAGAGAGAAAAGGGCAAACUAUUAUGAUAUUUAAGGGUGACAUUGAAAAAGGAUCAGUUUGAACAGAAUUGCUCUGAACUACUUAACAGGGCCUUUUUAUAUUUAAUAUUAGUAAAUGGCUACAAUCUUAGAGACACCUACAAUAAUACUGUGCAGAGCAGUUUUUUCCCCCUAAAUCAAUUAUGUAUUUGUUGUGCAUAAUAGCACAUUAGAAUUCCCAUACUUUUUUGUUAAAAUUUUAAUUUCCUGAGAUUUACAGAGAAAGUAUGUGAUUGUAAGGGCUGUUGUUGAAGUACCCCCAACUUUUCCAAUAUCACUUGUUAUUAAAUAGGUGUGUCAGUAGAUACUUUGUGUGAUGUAGUUUUUAAAACAUAUUUGACUGCAUUUUGUGUACAGAAUCAUUUCAACAAAUGCAACAAGGAACAAAACUUUGUCAUAUCGAGACAAGACAACCAAUCCUUCAACAGAAUUUAAAUGAAAUAUAUAGAAUAAAAAUAAAAUAUAAAUUGUGACAUUUGGUUUUUUGUUUUUUGUUUUUUUUUUUUUAAAUAUGGCAAUGUUGUAUUGUGUUGUAUUUAAUAAAUCUUUCCUAAAUCCAGUUGCUGCAUGGAUUUGUUUCUGUUUUAAGAUUACAGUGAUAAUUGUAGUUGUGCGGGAAUUAAAGCAGUAUUUAAACAAAUCUGGGUGUAAAUAGAUUUGUGGAUCUGUCAAGUGCUUUUGGCUUCAUUUAACAGGAAAUGGUCCAUUUAGACUUUUGUUAAAAAGCUUUUCAAAUGCUGUAUGUAGGGGUGUAACCAAAUACAAAUACAUUAUUCUGGUUGUGCAGAUAAUGCGUCCUAAAGUAAUAUGAAUACAGAUCCAAACAAUAGGUGAAGUAUUCGUUUUUCUGAAAUGUACACAGGUUUUAGCAAAAUUCCCACCCCAAUUGCAACUCAAAAACCACACAAACAUAUUUGAAAAUAGCUCAAAAUAUUCAGGUGUAGGAAAAGUAGAUGUAUUUUUCUUCUUUUUUCAGUUGUUUCAGGGGAACAAGUUAACAGUGGUGCACAUUUCUGAUACUUUGCUUCAUUGAGGUUGCAACUUGUAAUCCCCAAAUUCCAAGAAAAAGCCCAAGACACGACCGUCAACUUGAAAUUCCUACUCGUCAACUUGUUGUAGUCCUCUCAGUUAUGAGUUCCUUAUCUUUCCAGAAAUUUAUGGUCAUGGCUAUAUUUAUCAUUUGUUAAUGAAAAUGUCUUCUACUUCCAGCAUGUAUUUUUGUGUGUGCAUGUGUGUUUCCAGGGCACAAUGGUAGGGUUAACGGACACUUCUGAUUUAAAUCUGAAAAAAACUAAUCUGUUGAGCACUAAAUGGAUACAGAUACAAAUACAGAUAAUGUAUUUGUGUUACAAUCAUGUUACACCCUUAGUUCUAAGGCUACUGACCUAAGGACAUUUUCAUUGUUUCAAAUCAGGCAACUUUUAAAAACUUUUAAUUUAAGUCACAUAUUAAAUGUCAACGCGUUUUGCUUUGUCAUUAAUUCAGAGGUAUAUUAGGAAUUUGUAUAAGAAAGAAGUGGUUUUCCAAUACUUUGUUCGGGUAUAUAAAGUUUUUUUUAUUGUCUAGUAAAUGUUCUUGUCACUUUACUCUGGGAAUUACUUUCACUUUCACUGGUUUAACACAGAGCAUUUGGUCAAGGAAAUGUUCCCUCCAAAUAAGGAAGUUUCCUGAUUUACAGGCUCACAGGCCCAUUUACGGAAUUUUAGAAGUUUCGUCUGUGCUCUGUUAUGAUAACCUGAAACCGAAAACUUCAUAUUCUGUGUUUUAAAGAUUUAAUUGGAAUGUAACCUAUAUUUCUAAAUGGAGGCACGAUGGUUUGGCAGGUAUUUCUGCUGUAUCCACAGCUCCAGGGUGUUACGCCACGGCCAGCAGAGGGCUGCUGACUGGUCACAUGACUCUUUUGUUUUCGUUCACUUCCCGCUUGGACACUGAGUUAGGUUUGAGCAUGUCUCUGAUUUGCCACAGGUGCCCAUGGUUUGAGUUAAUUAGGUUUGUUAGUUAAACCCCCCGUGUGACUGCGCACAUCGCGCAGUAUUAUAGUUGGUUUGGUUCGUCAAGGAAGUGUAACGGUAUAUGCUAAGGUGUAGCAUGCAAGCGGUCGUAGCUAGGGGACCAGAGUGUGUAUAGUCAGUAGAGACCGCGCUCCCUGUGUUUGUUUAUCUGUUUAUUUGUUUCUCGUUUAAAUAAUAAAGACAGUGACCUGCACCUGCAUCCGCCUCCAGUCUCGUUCCGUGACAGAAUACUGCGCCAAAAUGCGGAAGCAGCAGGUCGCCAUGAGCGCCGCCGAAGAGGCCAGGAUUUGGGCGCUCCUCCGUUCGUCCCUGGAGAUGAGCAAACAGCUCGAAGAGGAAAUGGCUCAGUGCAAAGCCGAGUUGCGCGGCACGUCGUCCCUCGCGCCAUAUACCCCGUCCCCGCUGCCAAGGAGCGACGCCUUGCAACACAGCCAGCAAAGUAACCUGAGCAUCUGGGGCUUUCCACUGCAGGGGAGGUACACCUUGCUGUGCAGUCCAGAGGUGAAGGCUGGCCCAGAAAUUUUUUUUGGGGGGGCAAUGAGGACAGCAGAGCUCCAGCCUGAGGCCUACGGGGAGGUCUCAGCUGUGGAGCUCUCACCUGAGGUCAACAUGGCGACCUCAGAGGGACCGGCCCAGCGGAGGAGGCUGCCCCGCUGCCCUGCAUGGCCGAGGAGGCCGUCCUGCUGCCCAGUCCAGCUGAGGAGGCCGUCCCGCUGCCCUGCAUGGCCAAGGAAGCCGUCCCGCUGUCCAGCCCGGCCGAGGAGGCCGUCCCGCUGCCCCGCACGGCCGAGGAGGCCGCCCAGCCCUCCAGUGCCGCCGAGGGUGGCACCCAGAGUUCCAGAGCUGCCGGGGGUGGUGCCCAGCAUCCUAGGGGUGGUGUCCUGCGUCCCAGUGCCGCCAGGGGCAGUGCUCUGACUUUCAACCCCGGUGGAGAUGCUGCUCUGCUCCUCUGCUGCCCGACGGAGGCUGCUUUGCUUUCUGUCGCAGCGAAAGACAGUUCGUACAGGGGUCCGGGACCCCCGUAGGAGGGGGGUUCUUGGUGCUCCGGGAGGAGCACCCUUUGGAGGGGGGUUCUGUUAUGCCACGGCCAGCAGAAGGCACUGCGGUAUGGCUGCUGACUGGUCACGUGACUCUUUUGUUUUCGUUCACUUCCCGCUUGGACACUGAGUUAGGUUUGAGCAUGUCUCUGAUUUGCCACAGGUGCCCAUGGUUUGAGUUAAUUAGGUUUGUUAGUUAAACCCCCCGUGUGACUGCGCACAUCGCGCAGUAUUAUAGUUGGUUUGGUUCAUCAAGGAAGUGUAACGGUAUAUGCUAAGGUGUAGCAUGCUAGUGGUCGUAGCUAGGGGACCAGAGUGUGUAUAGUCAGUAGAGACCGCGCUCCCUGUGUUUGUUUAUCUGUUUAUUUGUUUCUCGUUUAAAUAAUAAAGACAGUGACCUGCACCUGCAUCCGCCUCCAGUCUCGUUCCGUGACACAGGGUCUAAAGUUCGAUCCUCAGCUCGGGCUUACUCUAUGUGCAGAGUUUUGCGUGUUCUCCCUGUUUCCACUGGGUUCUCCAGUUUUCUGCCAAAACCAUGCCACUAUUCCUGGGAUCAGCUCCAAGUCCGCCACAACCCUGACCCACUAGGAUAAAGUGGUUACUGAAAAUGAACGAACUGAGUUUACUGAGAUACACAUUUCAUAACGAGGAAAAGUUGUUUGACUGUUAUUCGUUAGAUAUUUAAAAAAUACAAAACAAAUAAUGCCUCUUCGGUUAGACAAAAGCUACAACUACUGAAUAUUUUCUCACUUUUGCACUCCCCUGUUUACAUUUACAGCAUUGACAGAAGACCUUAUACAGAGCAGCAUGAAGUCUUUGUUUGAUUUAUUAUUGUAUUUUAUUACACUCUACCAGUCCCCUGUGUGUGUAGUCAUAUUACUUUUAGAGCUACAGCAUGAUCAAAUCAGAUGCAACUUAUUUGAUUUGGCAUAUGACCUAUGUAUAUGAAAAUCCCUGAUUGCAGAGUUGUGUUUGUGUGUGAUUUAAGCAGCAUUACAUCCAGACAAAAUUAAGCAAGUAUGCUUUAUGUAUUUAUGUAAAUAUCUACUAUACUGUUAUUCAGUAUGCAAACACUGGCCACUUUUUUACUGCAAUGAUCCAAUUGUGGCAGCAGCACAAUGCAUAAUAUCAUGCAGAUACAGGUCAAGAGCUUCAGGUGAUAUUACCAUCAAACAUCGGAAUGGGGGAAAAUGUUAUCUCAGUGAUUUGGUGCCAGACUGAUUUGAAUGUCUCAGAAACUGUUGGUCUCCUGAGAUUUUCAAUAGACUAUAGAGUUUACACAGAAUGGUGAAAAACAACAACCACACAUCCAGUGUGAGGCAGCUCUUCAGAUGGAAAAACCUUUGUUGAUAAGAGGUCCAGACUGGCUCGCUCUUACAGUAAGUUUACAGUAACUCAAAUAGCCACUCUUUAUGGCCAUGGUGAGCAGAAAAGCAUCUCAGAAUGCAAAACAUGUUGUACCUUGAGGUGGAUGGUGUCACGUAAUGGAGGCUGAGACGGAAGCAAGUGCAGGUAAGGCGGUUUAACGAGAAGACAAAUCGACAGGGUUAGGCAGAAAUCAAUAACCAUAGACAGGCAAGGGUCAAAUAAUCAUGCAAACAAUCCAAACUAGGCAUAGCAGAGAAUCAAAACUGAGAGAAUAACAAAAUAAAAAAAUUUAAAAACCAGAGCAACAACAUGAGGUAAAGAUUUGGUAAACAAUAGGGACAAGUCAACUGAGUGUAAUACUUUGCAAUGGUUGUGUGUGAGAGUUUCUUAAGUAGUGUGGUGUGAUUGAGAACAGGUGUAUGCCAUUAGUCCUCAGGAGAAGGUGCCGUGUCUGUGUGUUCCAUUGGGAGUUGUAGUCAUCGGCCAUGCUUG